AUGGCACGAUCUGCUCUUCUCGCGUUCUCCCUCGCGCUGCUGCUCGUGGCGGCGCGCGCCGGCAGCCCCAUCACAAGCUCGACGGCGAACGAGAAGCCCGACCAGAGCAGCAAGAAGGACGACGGGCUCAUGACCGAAAUCCCCGCGGCCAUAGCGAAGCAGGCGGCGGCGGGCAACGCGGAGGGAGUGACAUAUGUUGACACGGCGCAGGACACGUUCUUCAUGGCUGAUGUGAAGAAGGCCGGGUACGUGGGUCAGGCCACAGGGCCUGAGAGGAAAGUGUGUGACCCCAGUGAGCGAGGGGCGUACGCCACAGGGCCUGAGAGCAUAGCAUGGGACCCGAGCGGGCGAGGACCGUACGUGAGUGUGAGCGACGGGCGCAUUCUCAGGAGGAAGACGGACGGCAGUGACUGGGAGGAGUUCACCUAUGCCUCGCCCCACAGGUACCGCGCAUUGCUGCCGCACUGGUACCCUUGCUGCCGCACUGGUACCCUUGCUGCUGCACUGGUACCCUUGCUCCUGCACAGGACCUCGGCAAUCUGCGAUUCGCGUACCGCGAAGCUCGCACUAGAGGACAAAUGCGGCCGGCCGGUGGGAAUGGCAUUUCACCCGACCACGGGGGACCUGUACUUUGCUGACACUUACUACGGGCUCUUCAAGGUGAGCAGCAGCGGCGGGCAGGCGACGAAGUUGGUGGAUGUGGUGGAUGGGACGCGCAUGAUGAUGUGCAACGACCUGGACAUUGAUGCUGACGCUAAUGUGGUCUACUUCACUGACUCCAGCUCACCAUGGGCUCGCAGAGACUUCCUCCCUCUGCUCCUGGAGGGGCGCAAGGACGGGCGUUUUAUGAAGUAUGACAUCGGCACGGGCAAGACCACUGUGCUUGUGAACAAGGUCGCGUUUGCAAACGGCGUUGCGCUUUCACAGGAUAAGAAGUUUGUCGUCUUCUGUGAAACGACCUACCUCAGGUGCCAUAGGUACUGGAUUCGAGGCCCAAAGACUGGAAAGAAGGAGCUGUUUGUGAAGCUCCCUGGAUACCCUGACAAUCUCAGCCUCAACCCCAGAGGAAGGUUCUGGAUCGCACUCAACUCCCGCAACUCGCUUGUAACAGCAUUACUUAUGCGGACUCCAAUCAUUAGAGGUGCAGUGCUGAAACAACAGGCUGGUUACAAUUUUGCCAAGGGAACCGGGCCGUUGCUCCUAGCAUGCUCGUUCGUUGCGCUAGUGGCGCUGGGCAGUCUUGGGAAUGCCGAGGCGGGGCUGACAAAGCGGUGGUCCAAAAAGUUCAAGGCCGCGCGAGUGAACCUUCCUCCUGCAAAGCUCUUCCCAAAGACGGACAAGAAGAACCGACUCGCACGAGCCACCAAGAGGUAUGAGGGCGAGAUGGCAGGCCCGGAGAGUAUCGCGUGGGACCCUAAUGGCAAGGGCCCGUACGUCAGCUUCAGCGACGGGCGAAUCAUGCGACGCACGGACGACGACAGCGCUUGGGAGGAGUUCACGUACGCGUCGCCGCUGCGAACUGCGGCGAAAUGUAACUCAAAGAAAACCAACCCGGAUCUGGAAACCACCUGCGGGCGGCCGCUCGGCCUGGCGUUUCACCCCACUACCGGGGACCUCUAUUUCGCGGAUGGGUAUUUCGGCCUGCAUAAAGUCAGCGCCGCGGGAGGGCAGGCUACGAAGCUCGUCUCCGCAUUAGACAGCAGAAAAUUCAUGAUGACGAAUGACCUAGAUAUUGACGCCGACGCGAAUGUCGUGUAUUUCACGGACGGCAGCUCGCGUUGGUACCGGCGAGAUUUUCUGCCGCUCACGCUGGAAGGCCGGAAGGACGGACGGUUCAUGAAGUACGACAUCGCGAGCGGCGUGACGACGGUGAUUGACGAGAAAGUGGCGUUUGCUAACGGCGUGGCGAUUUCGCAGGAUAAGACGUUUGUGGUGUACUGCGAAACAACCUAUCUCAGGUGCCACCGAUACUGGAUCCGAGGCCCAAAGGCAGGGAAAAAGGAGGUGUUUGUGAAUUUACCCGGAUACCCUGACAACCUCAGUCUCAACCCCAGAGGAAGGUUCUGGAUCGCACUCAACUCGAGGAGGUCUCCCACUGCAACUGUUGCAUCCCAAACCCCUUUCAUCCGAGAGACAUUUGUGGAAAACAAGCUUGGGUACAAGAUUGUGAAGGCCACACAGGACCAGAGGGCCAGUGGCAUUGUGGUGGAGGUAGAUGCUGAUGGCAAAAUCACCAACUUGCUCGAGGACAAGAACGGGAAGGUGGUGAAGGAUGCGAGACAAGCAACAGGACCGGAGAGUCUGGCAUGGGACGGAACUGGCCGCGGCCCGUACGCGUCUGUGAGCGACGGCCGGGUUGUGAGGCGGUCCAAAGACAACAUGCGAUGGGAGACAUUCGCGUGGGCUUCCCCCAAGUGGUCCAAGGAGCGGUGUCAGGGCAGCAGGACCACCAACAGCAGCAUGGAGCCCAUCUGCGGGCGUCCCUUGGGUCUGCGCUUCCACCCAGUCACGGGCGACCUUUACUUCGCAGACGCCUACUUUGGGCUGCACAGAGUAGGGCCGGGCGGGGGCAAGGCGGAGAGGCUGGUGGACGUGGUGGCGGGGAAGCGCAUGCUGAUGACCAACGACCUUGAUAUUGACGCGGACGGGAAGAAUGGCGUCGUGUAUUUCACUGAUGGGAGCACCCGGUGGCAAAGAAAGGAUUUCUUCCUGGCAACACUGGAAGGGCAGCCGGACGGGAGAUUUAUGCAAUACGACAUUGCAACGGGGCAGACCAAGGUGCUGGUGAAGGGGGUGGCGUUCGCCAAUGGUGUUGCGAUCUCCCGUGACCGCACGUUUGUUGUCUUCUGUGAAACCAGCUACAUGCGGUGUCAUCGGUACUUUAUCCGAGGGCCAAAGAUGGGCAAGGCUGAAAUGUUUGUAAACCUGCCCGGGUAUCCUGACAACGUGAGCCUCAACCCCAGGGGACGAUUCUGGAUCGCAAUCAACUCGAGACGAACUCCCAUGUCCGAGGUCCUAGCAAGGAGCCCCUACGCGCGAUACAGGCUGCUCAACGACCCGGUAGGGCUGCAGGCUGCCUACGUGGCAGCGGUGGGGCUGUCGCACGGGAUUAUAGUGGAGGUUGACAAUAAGGGGGUGAUCACAGACGUGCUGGAGGAUAAGCUGGGGCGGAACGUGGUGGCAGCGAGCGAGGUUGUGGAGAAGAAGGGGAAGUUGUGGAUCGGAUCGCUGGCGGCUUCAUUGCGCUCUAAGCCCCCUCCUCCCUCUCAGUUUACUACGCACCAUCUCGCACCUCACCUUUCAUUCAACCAUGCCUAUCCCUCUCCUCGUCUCGCCCUCUUCCCCGUUGCAGCGCCAUUCCACUUCGCCCCGCUCCCAGCCCCAGCAGCAGCCAGCGCGGAUCAGAUUGCGGGCGGUGGUGGCGGGGGGUCAGGGGAAGGCGGGGCGGAGGCGGGAGGCGGAGGGGAGGGGCGGAAGGAGGAGGUCGGGGAGUGGCGGCAGUGGAUCCAGCAGGCGCUCUCCAGUCCAACCUUUUCGACGUUUCAGUCCCUUCGUGUACCAAUGGCAUAUCUGUUCCCAACCAAGCUUCCUAAGCUUUAA